AUGAAAGGCUUCCAUCUGCUUAAAUACACCUUACCCGGUGAAUAACCAAUCAGUUUGAUAUUAUCCGAAAAAGAAAGAGGAAAAUUGUUUCUUGGAAAUUUAGAUUGCCUACAUAAUUAAUAAAUUUUAGAAGUACAUAACAUAAAUUCCAUAUUGUCAAUCUGCACAGAAGAAAAAAUUUUGAUGGGUCCGAAAUAUCAAUAAGUUUAUUUGGACAUUCACGACAAUAUGAAUUCUCAAAUCAGUAAUGUUUUUGAAAAAUCUUACUUAUUCAUUGAAAAUGCAUUGAAAUCUCAAUAAAAUGUUCUCGUUCAUUGCGCAGCAGGAAUCUCAAGAUCAGCAACCCUUGUUUUGGCCUACCUCAUGAAGAGUUAUCAAUACACCUUAGAACAAGCACUAAGAUAUCUAAAAUAGAAGAGACCAUACGUUCGACCCAAUCCAGGAUUUUUACUAUAAUUACUUGAUUAUGAAACAUUGCUAUAUGGAAGUAUAACAAGCAAUUUAGGGCCGGAACUGACACCCUUCGAUGUUUAAAGGGAUGCACAAUAUAAACCAUAGCCUAAAGUAGAGUUAAGGAAGAGUCUCCCUCUGAAAUAAAUUCCUGGUCCAUCUCCAGCAGCAAGAGUAGAAAGAAAAACACAUACAGAAAUACUGACAAGGGUUUCUUAAUCACUAUCUACUUUCUAACCAAAAGCCUUCAAGUCAUGAUUAAAAUUGCUUGACUUAUAUUUGUUUUUUAUAUCUAAUUAUUAUAAUUUA